UUAGUAAUAGUGAGGAGGAACUGGAACAAGAUCCAACUGAAAUAGACAGAUUAUUCAAGGUGAGGCCUCUUGUCAACGCCUGUCUGGCACGUUUCCCCAGUGCAUAUGCACCGCACGAGACCCUGCUGUGGACGAAGCACUCUGUCUUUUCAAGGGCAGACUUUCGUUUAAAGUCUACAAUCUGGCUAAGCCACACAAGUUUGGCAUCAAACUAGAUACUCUCUGCGAGUCAUCAAGUGGCUACUGUCUUUAUUUUGACAUUUUCAGCGCUCAGACUUCGCCUCUUCAGGGUAAAGCUUCAACUGCUGGUCUGCCAGCAACUUCAGGUCAGACUGAGAAAAUAGUCGUCAGCCUUCUACAGGCAGCCAACGCUUUAAGCAAGGGCCAUGUGUACAUGGAUAAUUAUUACACUUCCCCAGCUCUAUUUCACUUCUUGUGUAAUAAAAACACUUUUGCCUGUGGUACUGUCCGCAGCAACAGGAAGGGUUUGCCUGCAGCUUUUGCAGACCCGAGGAAUGCAAAGCUCAAAGACGGGGAAACUGUUGUCCACCUGCAGGAUAAGUUGGUAGCCAUAAAAUUCCAGCACAAGAGGACCGUAAACAUGCUAUCGACAAUCCAUGAACCGACGGGCUUCGCAAAGUACAAACCAAGACGGCCACUCGUCAUGAAGCCAACCUGCAUUCACGACUACUGCAGUAAAAUGGGUGGGGUUGACUUGAUGGACCAAGUGACCCGGUAUGAUGAAAUUUCGAGAAAAUCAUUCAAGUGGUGCAGGAAACUUGCAUUUUAUCUUAUCGACCUGUGGAUGGUCAAUGCAUAUCAACUGCACAGGAAGUUUUCCCCCCACAGGAUGUGCCACUCGGAUUUCAGAGAGGCAGUGAUUACUUCUCUUGUGGCCGAAGCAGCGUCGGUCAGUCAGCCAGCAUCCCAGAGAGGAGCAAGCCGUGCCCCCUCUGAAGCCAGACUCACUGAACGACACUUCAGUAGCUAUAUUCCAUCGAAGCCUGGUGCCAAGAGAAAGCAUGGUGCUAAAGACUGUGUAGUCUACAACCUACCUUCCAGCUCCAGGGAAAAAUUCAAGAGGAUACAAACCAGUCACUGGUGCGAAGAUUGUGAGGUACCUUUGUUCUACCCGGACUGUUUCAAAUUGUUCCAUACUGUUGUGGAUUAUAAGCAGGAGGCCAGGCGGAAAGAAUAUAUGGGACUUUCAAGAAGCAGUGACUUACCAUUGUGA